GGCAGCUCUGUCAAAUCAGCUGCUCCAAUUUCUGCGUAAAUUGAGAUAUUGCCCUCCACUGGUUGCACUCAUCAAAGGGAUCUCAUGGAAUAUGCACGCGAUCACAAGCAGGAGCAGGAGGAGCAGGUGGAGCAGGUGGAGGAGGGGCCAACACGCGCCAAACUUCUCGAGCAGCUGAGGAAGCGCGAAUUGUUUGUCCCAAAUGCCGAGCAGCUGCCAAUGCAUCAGUUGCAGCACAUUUACAACGGAUUCAUUGUGCCACAGCCGCGUCGGGAGAGACGUGAGACGCGGCAGCAUGAGUUGCCACAGAGAUUGGCCGUGGAUGCGGCACAGCAGAUGCAGUGCAUCACGGUUGUCUGCGUGGCCGGCGUGAAGCGACGUGGCCACAACGACCCAGAGCCUCUGCUGCGCCGCAGCUGCAGCAGCGCUGCCAAGCGUCGCCGUAUCGAACAGCAGCCAUGAUCUCUCUGCUGGCGAUAAGAAAAUUGAUACCUUAUCAAUUGCCAGCACAUCUUUGCGGCAAACUGAAACUGCGAAGCCAAAUGGGGAAGCGAUGCUGCUGCUGCUACUGCUGCCGAACUGAGGUCAACCAUGAAGCAAUUCUAGUUGCCACAAGCGUCGUCCGCCCGCAGUUGGCAAAUAUUAAUAUCAUUAUUUUGAUAAUGAUGAGAUAAAAACAAGCAAUGAUUAAAUUGAUAGCCAAAAAUCAGAUGGGUAUAAUUGUGGCUUAUGACUAUCCAUCAUUAAUCCAUCAAAUCAUUAAAUGCCAGGAGAUACUUAAGACUAUGGCUAAGCUAUGUCUUAAAA